AAGCUUUUUGCGCUGGAGAUAUAGAGACGGUGACAUGAUUGAUUUGAUCAGCCAGCAGUAGCACUAGCACUAGGAAAGCACUGAGAGGCCAGAAGCGGGAAAGCGAGGAAGAAAACUAAUCUGGUGCUAGAAAUUGAAAACACAGUUCGAAUCCAGCAUUCAUCAAACAACUUAUCUUCUAGAGCUUGAAAGCUCUCUCCCUCUCUCUUCUCUUCAUUAAAAUUACAAACACAUAUGAUCCAUGGCUGAUGCUCAUCAGCUGCCUCCUUCUGUAGAGCAACUCAUAGCUAAAAUAUGUACUGAUCAGAACCAACCACCACUCGGACUCCCGGCUCGCCGAGUGCUUGCUUCACUGGAGGAAGAAGUGGUUCUCGAGAUUCUUUGUACAAUAGCCAGUUCUGAAAUUAGGAAAUCUUUUGACGGUUUUGUAUUUUACUUGGUUAAACAGAAGGUAGGUAAUAGUUCCCCUGUUAAACGCCUUUGUUUGUCUCCGACUUCGCCGCAACAGUCGAGUCGCAGCUCCGCACCUGCGUGGUUGAUGAUGCACCAGCAAUGUGAAUCUAUUUUUGAAUCCCCGAUAUCGAUGUCCCUAUCCAGGGAUACUAGCUGUAGCUCAGAAGCAGUGAGCAGAACCGAAAUUAGUCCACAGCUGCAGGCAUUGGGUGAACUCGAAUUCAGAAAGGCAUUUCUUAUAUUGAGUUAUAUGGGCAGCUAUAAGCUGGAGGAAGUGAUAUCUGCGGAUAAGAUUCGAGCGAUGGGACAUUUGCCGAUGGAUAAAUUUGAGGCUGAAGUUUGGAAAGCUGUGGGCAAUAGAUGUGGGUAUAUCAAGGAGAAUGAACGCGUGAAGUAUCUUGUCUGGGAUUGUGGAAAAACACACAUUUACCACUGCCAUGUUAGUUCGGGCGGAACUUAUAGGUUCAAGGGACCUUAUCUAACCACGAUGAGCAAUUUCCUACAAAGGGUGUUAGGGGAUGAUAAUGUUCUAAUGGUGAAAUUUGGAAAAGAGGAUGCUGACAAGAGGUGUUCAACAAGUAGUCCAGUCGAUUAUUAUGCUAAGUGUUCAACAAGUAGUUCAGUCGACUAUUAUGCUAAGUAUGGCAGCUUAGCUAGAGAAGGGAUUGUCGUUGGUUUACGCCGAUACCGCUUUUUUGUGUUUAAAGAUGGUGGCAAAGAAGAAAAGAAGAAAAACCCAACCACUUCACCUGUUAAAUGCUUCUUUGUUCGCACAGAGUCUGAUGCUUUUAAGGACAGUCGAGAUUAUAUUUUGCAUGGAAAAACAAUUCGUGAAGCUAGAUCUAUAUUUAUGGAUGUAGAUAAAUUGCCUAGUUUAUCCAACUGUAUGGCUAGAUUCUCUCUUAUUUUGUCAAAGACUGUGAACUUAGAAGUUAACUUAUCAAGUGUGAAGAUAGAGAAAAUAGAUGAUAUACCAUGCCUGGAUAAUGAUGGUAACAUUGUCAAAGGCAAGGAUGGAAAACUUUUAAUACAUACGGAUGGAACUGGUUUUAUAUCAGAGGAUUUGGCUUUAAAAUGCCCAAGGAGAGUGCAAAAGGGAAAGUGCAUUGAUGCCAAUGAAAUGGAGAGACUGCUUGAUUGUAAUGAGCUCAUGGGGAAAUCUUCAGAAGUGAAAUUUCCAGAAUCUAAUUCUGGGGAACCGCCUUUGCUGAUUCAGUUCCGCCUUUUCCACAAUGGUGGUGCUGUCAAAGGAACUCUCCUUGUCAAUAAGAAGCUCUGUCCCGGAACCAUUCAAGUCCGACCCUCAAUGAUUAAAGUUGAGCCAGAUUCAGUGCAAAAUGCUUGCACAAAAAAUUCAUUUGAGAUAGUUGGAACCAGCAAUCGGCCAAAGGGAGCAUAUCUUUCGAGGAACUUAAUUGCACUUCUUAGCUAUGGUGGGGUUCCAAAAGAGUUUUUUAUGGAUUUACUGAAUAAUGCUUUAGAAGAUGCACAAGGUGCCCUCUCAAAAAAGCAUGUAGCUUUGCGAGUGGCCAUUAGCAAUGGAGAGAUGGAUAAUUUUACUGUGGCAAGAAUGCUAUUUUCUGGAAUUCCCUUGGAUGAAUCACAUAUUCAGUACCAUCAGCUUGUAUUGAUGAGGGAGGAGAAGAAGAGUCUUAAAGGGGGACGUAUACCCGUCCCUGAAUCAUAUUAUUUGAUGGGGACUGUUGAUCCCACUGGAACCCUAGAGGCUGAUGAAGUUUGUAUAAUCUUGGAUAAUGGGCAGGUUUCAGGGAAAGUACUGGUGUAUCGAAAUCCUGGUUUACAUUUUGGAGAUAUACAUAUUUUGAAGGCGACAUAUGUGGAGGGCAUAGAAGAUUUUGUAGGAAAUGCAAAAUAUGCUAUAUUAUUCCCUUGUAAAGGACCACGCUCAUUGGCAGAUAAGAUGGCAGGAGGUGACUAUGAUGGUGACAUGUAUUUUGUGUCAAGAAAUCCUGAGCUGGUAGAGAAGUUCAAUCAGAGUGAACCUUGGAAUCCUCCCUUUUCUAGCAGUAAUGUGCCUAAUAAGAAACCUAGUGAUUUUUCUGAUGAGGAAUUAGAAGACGAGUUGUUCAGACUGUUUCUGAUGACUAGAUUUCAGCCAAGUUACACUAUGGGUGUGGCAGCUGAUAGUUGGUUGGCAAUAAUGGAUAGGCUUCUGAUAUUGGGAGAUGACAGAAAUGAUGAGAGAAAUAACAUGAAGAGGAACAUGUUAGACUUAAUUGAUAAAUACUAUGAUGCUCUUGAUGCACCAAAGAAAGGGGGGGAAAAGAUCGAACUUCCAGAGCAAUUGAAGGCUGAAUUAUUUCCACACCAUAUGGAAAAAAAGGAAGAGAUUUCUUAUAAGUCUACCUCUAUCCUGGGAUUAAUAUAUGACAAAGUGAAAUUGUACAUGGAAGAGGAUACACUAGAAACCGAAGUUUGGAAACUCCAUUAUUUCAAUGAAGAAGUCUCCGAGUCAUGCCUGAUGAAAUGGGAGGAGUUGUAUAAACACUACAGACAAGAUAUGACAGAUGCUUUAAAUCAAAAUACAGAGACAAAAAACGAGGCUGCAAAUGAAGUCAUUAAAAAAUACAAGGCGAUAUUAUACGAAGCAUCAGAAUUUGAAGAGAGCAAGAGGAAGGAAGAAGACGUAUUUGAAGAAGCACUUGCAAUCUACCAUAUUUCUUAUAAUUUUGCCAAGGCCCGAGGAGAUGCUAAAUAUUGUGGGUUUGCUUGGAAAGUAGCAGGACAAGCCUUGUGCAAACUUUAUUCAUUGAAACAGGGUAACUGCCAAAAACCAAUGAAGAUAUAUACGACGCCGUCUACCCUGAAGGAGUUGUUUAUCAGAUAAAAGGUAGUACAUUAUAUUUGUAAGUUUAAGGAAGAAGAGUUAUAAUAUAAAGCUGUGUAAAUAUGAGUACUCGUGUCUGGGACAAUGCAUGUUUUUGGCGCUACUAGAAUUAAACACAUGGGCGUCCCUCGUAGUGUGGACAAGCGCCAUGGUACUAAAUAUAUAUAGAUAAUUAUGGAAAGAUGCUCCAAGUCUGCUGGCA